UUAGUCUUGGUUUUUAUGAAGAUGUGUACAUCCGCCGGGACUCCAUGAUGACAAAUUCUCACUAUGAUGAGACUGAUCGUACGUGGGUCUGGGACUACCAGACUGACGAUGAGACUCAUCAUCUCUUCAUGGAUGUUGGUGAGAGAAUCCGCUUCAAAGUUGUUGCUGAACAGUUCACAGACACGACGCCUGCUGGACCCAGCCUUGUAGAGGGAAACAUUACAGUAGCUGAUAGAAAAGAAGGAAAAGUCCCAUAUGUUGUUUAUGUAAGUGCUUCUGAUAGUUUGGUGUAUUAUCUUGUCCAUGCUUUUUUUGAAAGAUAGCUAAAAAGUGAAUAAUAGUUAACCUAUUGUCUUUGGUCACCAUGCCUUGGUGGGAAAUGAUGUACAUUAAAAAAUAAGAUAGUAAUUGAAAAUAGGGUCUUCCAUAAAGUUGUAAAAAAUGCAUUUUGGACAUGAUCAUCCAUGGAAGUGACAGCAAAGUAGCGACAGCUUUACCAUACAGUGAUGGUUGUCUUGUGUGUUCCUGCUUAGCCCUGGCCUUGUCUUCUAGAAGUUGAUAUGGUGGCCAUAUUUACCUCCAGACAUUCUGAUCUAUACACCUACCAUCCGACUUACGACCUGCUCGACUUACGACCACUCGACUUACGACCGUGUUUUUUAUGCCAAAUUUCUGGGAAAUAAACAACUUUUUGUGUUGUACACAGUGUUUAUCCUAAACCUUACAGUAUAAAAUACUGUACUAGCAACAUAAAAAGUAAAGUAAAACAUGAAAUACCAAAAUAAAACAAU